UAAUACAGCUCUAGUGCUUGUGCAAGUUCAGGUCUUGGAGAAACGCUGCAUGUGAACAGAGAUGGCCUCUGGAAACGAAAGUUAUGGAACGCCGCUCGGACCACCACAGAGCAGAAUGGUUGACGAUCAUGUCCUUGCAAUCAUCAUCAUCUGUUUCUUCGUCAUUAUUUUAGGAACCAUCAGCUUUUUUGGCAUUGUGGCUAACGUCAUCAACCUAAUCGUUUUUAUCAGACAGGGCUUUAAAGACACCGUGAACAUCUCUUUGUUCAGCCUGGCCAUUUCCGAUAUAGGAGCACUGAUCCCGCUGCUCUGGAUGAGCAUUGGUUUAAACCCUUACUUUUUUGCUGAUCCGCCCUUUGAUCCCCAGGAGGUCUUGUAUCUCACAUCAGGGUGGCCACACAUUUGCUUUGCCCGUAUCUCUGGUUGGAUUACAGCCUUCAUAACGCUGGAAAGAUGUCUCUGUAUUGCUAUGCCUCUGAAAGUUAAAACAAUGAUAACAGUAAAGAGAACAGCAAUCGCACUUGUUAGCAUAUACGUUGCAAUGAUAGGUGCCUUACUGCCAGUGUUUUAUGCACUUCGUCUGGAGCCCAUAUUUUCUCCUCUAAAGAACGAGACCAAGUUUAGAACCGUUUAUAUUCCUAACGGCUUUGCCAUAGAAAGUGCUGUAUUCUUGAUCAAUGCUUUCUCUCAGUUCGUCAGUUUUAUCGUGGUCAUCAUUUGCACUAUAAUCCUUGUCCAAGCCCUUAUUAGUAAGUCAAAAUGGCGAAAGUCUACUUCCAGCUUUGGAGAUCAUGACUCCUUUUCAAACAGAGACAAGAAAGUUGUCAAGUUGGUUCUAUUUAUUGCUAUCAUAUUCAUAGUAUGCUUCUUGCCAAGUGCGAUUAAUUUCCUUGCAUCAAGCUUAGAACCGGAAUUCAACACCUAUGGGAAAUACGGAGACCUGUUCGUGCUGAUGUGGUCCUUUUCCGCUAACUUAUCGGCAACUAAUUCCGCUGUGAAUAUCUUUGUGUAUUACAAGAUGAGUUCAAAGUACAAACAGAUCCUGGACAAGAUGCUCCUCCGAAGCACAAAGGGGUAGAUCUAAUAUUAGGAUACAAAGUGCUGCUACUUUUCGAAAACGUAUAGAUCUGUUAUAAUAUUAUACAAACUUACGGUGAGUUUUGACCUGCCGUAAAAACUGCCCUACUAAUGAUUUGAACAUACAGUAUUAUCAAAUCCUGACAACACCGAAAAGAAAAGGAAUAAUUCUCACAUUUAGUUUAAAGAAUAUAAAAGCGAAAACCUUAUAAAGAAACCAAACCAACAUUCCUACAGACCAAAAAAACAAUAAUUAAUUUCGUAUGCCCCACUGACACGAUUGAAAUAGUAUAGGAAGCAGGCUGCUUUGACCUGAGCGCAGAGAAGCUGUCGAGAUUUCUGUUUUUGCGUCCCUCAGCCUGAUGUCCUGUCGAGGAGUUCUCUUUCCUAUAAACCAGUCCAUUCUUUGAUGUUGACGGCUCAGAUAUUUCAUAAGAAUAGUUUAAGAUUAUCGGAUAUUUUGGAAGACGGCAGCCUCUACAAGGCAACCAAAAAGUGUUUCAUCUUCGCCCAUGGCUUAAGGGACCUAUAGGCCUACUGAUUUCAUAUAAAUUUCCUUCACAGAAAAUAAUAAAAGGCCCCUACAGCAACAAGUCCCCCCCCCCUCGCUUGUAAACAACCGGAGCUUUCCUUCUAAAGUCAAUUGAAUAAAUGUAGUACUUGCUAUGUUGUUUAUAUUAUCGGGCUUAUUGGACACCUGUAUCAUAUUUAUCUUUUUUUCCUCCUUUUUUCUCGCCAAUCUGGUAUCACUUAAAAAUCAACCCUGUGUACUUACUAUAAUAAAGAGUUGAUAUAUCACGCUGGUUUAUUUUUUUUUUUUUUUAAGAAUCAAAUCUUGAGUGGAUAGACAACCAGAAGUAAUAAACGUUUGUCAGUUAAGAUUUGGUUUUCUGGUGACUUGUUUUUAUGUGUUACGUAUGUACGAGGGCUCUCUGUCAAGUAAUUUGAAAAUGGUAAGUGGGAAAGAAAUGUUGUAUGGAUCUGAAUAACCCUCACUCACUGUUAUGUUAGAUUUCAUUAUAGUUCGUAUGCAAUCAAGGAGUUUUCCAUCCGAUGAUCUAAAGCUUCCUGGAAAAGUCCGGAUGAAAAGACUAUAGCCAAAAGCGAACGUCUGCACAAGGAUCUUCACAUUAUUCGGUGAGCUUCUUUCCAACUAGAAAAGGCUCUUGAAAUCAGAAAAGAUGAAAUUCGAAUGAAAAAUGGUUUUCAGACUGUGGGGAAGAUGCAACAAUAACAAUGUCCCUGCCCAUAUCGUAAGCAGAUUCUCGCAACUGUCAACAACGAUAAUCGUAGUUCAUUGUAGAUAUCUAUUGAUGAGUCAACUAAGCCGAAAGACUAUUGAAAAGCAGAACUGCUAACAUCAGACUUUUUCGGAGCCCUGCAAGCUGUACAUUCGUUUGUCCUGCGUAGUACAAACUAUUUCAGAAAAAAUAAUCCUUCUUUUCUAAUCACAUUCUUUGCCUUACACGUCUACACUUUCGUUGAACAUUUCUCUGCGUAUAAGAUCUUUACACCUUCUACAGUACUAGCGUAUAGUUUAGAUGAUUUCUCAUAGGUUUUUUUU